GAGUAGACGGUUAGCUCGAGGCGAGAUUGAACUCCGAGUCGGCAAUGGUGCACCUGUUGCAGCUUUGGCAAUCGGAACUUAUAGUUUAGUCUUGCCUAGUGGUCUAAUGUUGGAAUUAAACGAUUGCUUGUACGUUCCUGCAAUUAGCAGAAACAUUAUUUCUGUUUCAUGUCUUGAUAAGAGUGGUUUCAUCAUUUCUAUUAAAGACAAGUCCCUUUCCGUUUACAGAAAGAAUGUUUUCUAUGCUAAUGCCAACAUGACCAAUGGGUUAUAUGUCCUUGACUUGGACAUGCCUGUCUAUAACAUAUCAGCCAAGAGGAACAAACCGAACGGUUUGAACCAAACAUACCUAUGGCAUUGUAGGUUAGGCCAUAUAAACGAGAAACGCAUAUCCAAGCUACAUCGGUCGGGAAUGCUGGAGUCAUUUGAUCUUGAAUCAUAUGACACAUGCGAAUCUUGUUUAUUGGAUCCAACCAAGGCGGUUGAAGGAACACCAUACCAGCUAUGGACGGGCAAAUGCCCGGUUCUGUCACACUUAAAGAUUUGGGGCUGUGAGGCUUAUGUCAAACAUCUUUUGACGAAUGGCAAGCUUGACGCCAAGUCUGAUAAGUGUUUUUUCGUGGGAUACCCAAAGGAAACUCGAGGGUAUUCAUUCUAUCACCCUAUCGAUAAGAAGGUAUUCGUUGCUCGCAAUGGUGUCUUCCUCGAGAAGGAAUUUCUCUCCAUCGCAACUAGCAGGAGAAAGAUAGAGCUCGAAGAAAUUCGAGACGACGAAGAAACUACCGCGCCGGUUCUGGAACAUGAGCUAGAGGAACAAACUGUUGUACCUCAAAAUGCUCAACAUACACAAGAACCCCGUAGGUCUAAUCGGUUACGCACACAACUUGAAAGAAAUUCGGAUGAAUCUUGUGUAUACAAGAAGGUCAGUGGGAGUGCUGUAGUCUUCCUUGCUCUGUAUGUUGAUGACAUACUGCUCAUAGGAAACGAUAUUCCUACUUUAACCACCGUCAAAACGUGGUUGAUGGUUCCUAGCAUCAAGAACCCUAUACCGUUGUUUUGCGACAACAAUGGGGCAAUUGCACAAGCGAAAGAACCUCGGUCUCACCAGAAGACCAAACACAUCGUUAGACGUUAUCACAUCAUACGAGAAAUCGUUGCACGUGGGGACGUUGAGAUUUGCAAGAUAGGUACAGACAACAAUAUUGCGGAUCCGUUGACGAAGGCUUUGGGAAAGCCUAAACACGAGAGUCAUACGUGGUCCAUGGGCAUUCGAGAAAUUCUUGAUUGGCCUUAGGGCAAGUGGGAGAUUGUUGUAUUUAGGUGCCCUAGCGGCAAUCAAAUACCUAUGUAACUGUACACUUUAUCAUGAAUGAAAGGCCUUGAAGUAU